GACGCCGCUCCUGAGGCGACGACGGGAGGGAAGGAGGAGCCGCCUCCGCCGGGCCAGUUCUCCGCGGCCCCUGCCAUGCUCCUCCCGCCGUAGCUGCGAGGCCGGAGCUGAGCAGCAGCCGAGGCCGCUGUCGGGGAGCAGGCCAGCCGCCUCCAUGGCCCAAGCUGAGAAGAUGGAGCUGGACCUGGAGCUGCCGCCGGCCGGGAGCGAGGGGGGCGGCCUGAGGCGCUCCAACAGCGCCCCGCUCAUCCACGGGCUCAGCGACAAUGCCCAGGUCUUCCAGCCGCACAUCUUGCGCACCCGCCGGAACAGCACAACGGUCGUGAACCGGCACAGCAUGCUGAUCACUUCCCCUACAGUUUGUAUCCCCAGCAGCCGACUCCAUCAGAUCAGAAGGGAGGAAGGAGUGGAUUUGUUGAACAGAGAAGCGGCGCACGAAAGGGAAGUUCAGACAGCAAUGCAGAUAAGCCAAUCAUGGGAAGAAAGCUUGAGCCUGAGCGACAACGACUUGGACAAAUCGGAAAAAUCCUCGUCUCCAAAGAGGAUAGACUUCAUUCCCGUCUCUCCGGCACCUUCGCCUACGAGGGGAAUUGGAAAGACUCGCAAGACGAAGCAGGGUGCCACGAGGAGGAGAAAGUCAGACCAAGCCUCCUCCAGGGAGCCUGCCCGCCUCGUGCUUCUGCCGCCGCCAUCGCCCGGCUUCCACAGGGACAUGCAAUGCUUCUCUCCCUCCCUGCAAAUGUUUGUGAGUAGCAAUGGAUUGCCUCCGAGCCCGAUUCCUAGCCCCACAAGGAGAUUUUCAAACAGGAGGAGCCAGAGUCCGAUCAACUGCAUCCGGCCCAGCGCUCUUGGUCCCAUCAAAAGGAAAGGCGAAAUGGAAACCGAAAGCCAGCCCAAGAGACUUUUCCAAGGAACCACCAACAUGCUUUCUCCCGAUGCGACGCAUCUUUCCGACCUCGGCUCAUGCCUGCUCUCGGACGCCCUCGACGGCAGCUCCAGCGGCACCAACUCUGACUCCCUGGCCAAAGGCGCCACCGCUUGCGCCCCAGCAGAACCACCGGCCACACAGUCCAAACCCGCUUCCCCAUUCGCCUCGAUGGACGGACUUUCCCCCAAGUGACUCGCCUUGCUGCCCGCCUGGAUGUCUGCUCCUGCCGCCCUUUUGCUAUUAUGCCCACCUACGGAGAAACCAUCGGCAUGAAAUCCCCGAGGGCAUCCGGAUCAGGAGCGCCGAGUGCAAAACACCCACGUCAACCUUACUCCUCGGCAAUCAAUGUCGCCCGGCGUUUUUAAAGCCUCCUUUUAAUGGGUUUCCCUUUUCGUCCUUUGGCCAACGUCUGCUGGGUUUUCCUUUUGACGACAAAUCCUUUUGCCAACGUGUCCUCGGAUCGGGGACUUUCAAAGAGACGACAGCCGCAUUUCCUCUGAAUUCCCGGAAAAGCACCCAACUUACAUUGACAUUAAAAAUGUCGCCGGGAAACCGGCCGCCGCCGCGAUCCCUUCUUUCGAAGGUAAGAAUGGAGUUGGAAUCAAUGAGUUUACUCUAGGUCAGGCCUAGGCAAACUCGGCCCUCCAGCUGUUUGGGGGCUGCAACGGCCAUCGUCCCUAGCUAACAGGACCAGUGGUUGGGGACGAUGGGAAUUGUAGCCCCAAAUAUCUGGAGGGCACCAGAUGGAGCAGGCAUGGGCAAACUCCAGCUCUCCAGGUGUUUGGGACUACAAUUCCCAUCAAUGCUGACCACUGGCCCUGUUAGCUAGGGAUAAACAUCUGGAGGGCUGGAGUUUGCCUAUUUCUCGAGAUGGAGGAAUGCAAUGCAAACGAUGAAAAGGACGUUCAGUUUGGGGUGCAAGAAACGAUCUAUUCCAAGCUUCCUCAACCUUGGCCCUCCAGAUGUUUUGAGACUACAAAGCGCCUCGUCCCCAACCACUGGUCCUGUUAGCUAGGGAUCAUGGGAGUUCUCGGCCAAAAACAUCUGGAGGGCCGAGGUUGAGGAAGCCCAAUUGAUUCCUUCUCGCAAGAUCCAAUCGGGUUAAAUUUCUUUCUUUUCUUUUUUUUAAAAAAAGAAGCCACCGAUUUGUAAUCUACUGUGUCCCGCUAUUUAUUAUUUAUAAUUCUGUAAAAUAAUAAUAAUAAUAGUCUGGUAAAUUUAUUAGAGUAUUUUUUUAUGACUGAAGCCCUUUCCCCACGUCCGGCGAGCGCUGGCUGAUCUGCGUCGACAGGCGACGUUGUGUCCGCUGGAUUGGUGCGAUUCUGGUUCCCAAUGUUUCUUGCCGUUCAGAUUUGGGAAACUUUCCAUUUCCUUCCUUCCGAAAAAGAGCGCGGAAUUUGAAGCGAGUUUGUCCUCGUCUGGCUCAGAAAAAGGGGAGGGGAAAAAAAGGACAUUUGGCUUCCCCCUGCCUGGAAUUUUCCUUUGGAAAGCAUUGGUUUGGACGCAGAGUUAGGCCUCUACAUCCAUCUGAGUGGAUGUAGCAAUUUCGUUGUUCCCGCAAGGGGACAAUGACAAUAAAGAUAUCUGAUCUUAUCUUGUUACCUGUAUUCCAGUUUUCGCCUGGGAGAGAGUUAAGUUUCCUCGCCUCCAAUAAAUGUUCAUAUUGUAAAAUGUCGCCCUGAGGUAUCUUUAUUAUUAUUAUUUUAAUUACAAUUUUAUCCACAUGCACAUGAAAGCUUCCACCCAGGGCAAACAUAGCUGGUCUCUUAAGGGGCUACUGGACCACACACACUGUGCUGUUUUGGCUGGCGUCUCAACUGCCGCUAAAUAAAAAAA